AUGCCAAACAACAGAAAACAAGCAGAACAGAGACUAAAUUCUUUAUCUAGGAAACUUUUCAGUGACAGUGAAUUCCAUGACAUUUAUAAAGCCUUUAUGGACAAAAUUAUUUACGAAGGCUAUGCACAAAAGGUACCCAUUGAGAACUUAAAACGAGAUGAUGGACAUGUGUGGUAUUUGCCGCAUCAUGGUGUACUACAUCCCAAGAAGAAGAAACUUCGAGUUGUGUUUGAUUGCGCAGCGAGGUUCCAAGGGACUUCACUAAAUGAACAAUUGUUACAAGGCCCUAACUUGACAAACACACUCAUUGGGACUUUGAUGAGAUUUAGAGAGGAAGAGAUUGCUGUUAUGGGGGAUAUCGAUAGUAUGUUCUACCAAGUAAGUGUUCCCCAACAAGAUGCUACUUUUCUACGAUUUCUCUGGUGGAAAGAUGGGAAUCCUUCCAGUAGUAUUAUUGAAUACCAGAUGGUUGUGUAUCUGUUUGGAGCCACAUCAUCACCCAGUUGUGACAACUUCUGUCUUCGAAAAACAGCUCAAGAUUGUACAGGACAUUUUAGUGACGAGACAAUAAAGACAGUCUUUCAGAAUUUCUAUGUUGAUGAUUGUCUCAAGGCAGUGGAUUCUGUAAGAAAUGCUGUGUCAUUGGUGAAAGAUCUACAGGAACUGUUGAAAAGUGGAGGAUUUCAUAUAUCGAAGUGGAUCAGCAACAAUCGAAAGGUCAUGAAUUCCAUACCAGUAGCUGAUAGAGCCAAGGAGGUCAAGGAUUUGGAUCUUGACUGUGAUACUCUACCAAUAGAGCGAGCUCUGGGAGUCCAGUGGUGUGUAGAUUCUGAUAUCUUUCAGUUUAAAUUGGACUUUAACAAGAAACCACUUACAAGACGAGGAAUUCUGUCAAUGGUAAGCAGUAUGUUUGAUCCACUGGGAUUUUUAGCUCCACUACUACUCAAGGCCAAAGUCAUUCUACAGGAAUUGUGUAAACUUCAGUUCGGAUGGGACGAUAAGAUGCCAGAUGACCUUGUUAUACAGUGGAAUAAUUGGUACCAGGAUCUUCAGAAACUGAAAGACCUCAAAGUAAACAGAUGUCUCAAACCCUAUGGUUUUCAUCCAUACUUGGUACAGUUACAUCAUUUUUCUGAUGCGAGUGAAACUGGAUGUGGUACAGUGUCCUACUUGUGUAUGGAGAAUGCCCUUGGUGAACGUCGUUGUUCCUUUAUUAUGGGCAAAUCUCGUGUUGCACCACUGAAGCAAACGACUAUUCCGCGAUUGGAGUUGACAGCAGCUACUGUAGCAGUCAGAACCAAUAAGAUGUUACUUAGAGAGUUAGACAUUCAUGUUGAUUGUGUUAUGUACUCGACUGACAGCAUGGCCGUUCUACGAUAUAUACAGAACAGUACAGCAAGGUUUCACACUUUUGUCGCAAACAGGCUAGCAGUGAUCCACGAAGGGUCACAACCAACCGACUGGAGAUACAUUAACACGAAGUUGAAUCCAGCCGAUAAUGCAUCGAGAGGUAUCUCUGCAGAUGGCUUACUUAAACAGGAGAACUGGAUCAAAGAUCCAAAUUUUCUGUUUUAA